CAGAAAAUCCCCAAAUUUAUCAAAUUGAAACCCUAAACCCAUCCCUUCUCUACAUCCGGCGACCAAAACCCCAUUUCCAACACUCACCACCGAUCUCCCUCACUUCACCCUCUAUACCACCAAUCACUACCACCAUUCCAUCAACCCUGUACCUCCGAUUGACCAUAUCACAGCCACCAUUACACCCACCCCACCAUCUGCCACUCAUUUUUACCUUCACCACCCUCACCGCCCGUACACAUCAAUUCCACCUUCACCACUACUAAUACACCCGGCUCCGACCACCAUCUGCUUUCACAUUCUAUCUCGAGUUGUCGACUACGAGGAUGUCAGGUGAGGGAUCUUCAUCGGGAGUGAAACGCAAGAGGCGCGGUACUAGAGCUCAGGGAGAUGCUCAGGAACAGCCGGCUGAUACACUACUUAGAGAGAUUACAUAUAGGGAUGACGGGACCCCACAUGGUCAGAGUAGUAGGUUAGUGGAUAGCCCGUUGUUACGAUUUACUGUUGGGUCGGCUGAGUAUAUGAAGUUUGAUACUAUUAAGAAGCUGAAGCUGCUAGAGUUUAGAAGGAUAGAUUGGGAUUUGGUUGGUCAGUUGGGGCAGGUUGAGAGGCUGCAGGAGCUAUUAGGGCCAAAGUUUAGAAUGGCGUUGGAUUGUGACGCGCCACAGUAUUACGAGCUCACCAUGGAGUUUCAUUCCACAUUUUACUAUAGGCAUCCAGGGGGUUUUGAUGAGCCGGAUGUAGUAUCAUUUGUGUUGGGUAAAAGGAUCUUCAACAUGAGUUUACCACAGUUCGCAGAGGCAACUGGGUUUUACACAGUUCAGGAGGUCGAGUCUGAGGAGUUUAGGGGUUUGCUGAGGCAGGUAGUGAAGGAGGAGCAUGAUUACUGUGUGUUGAAGGAGGAGUUAGCGAGGUUUUGGCGCACUAUUGCUAUUUCACCAUUUUCAAACAACAUGGUGGCAUCGGAUAUCAGAGAUCCUGUUUAUAGAUUCGUGCACAUGAUACUGGCAUCUACAUUGAUAGGCAGGCACGAGGGGGAUAACAAGGUGAAUCAGCACAGUUUGUUUUGUCUGAUGUGCAUGGUGGAGCGUCGCCCAGCAAAUUUAGUGAGCAUUCUGGCAUGGUCGUUGGUGAGGCCGAAGAAGGGAGGAGGAAAGGCGAGGUUAUAUGGCGGGCCGUAUAUUACGAUGUUGGCAGCGAAUUUGGGUAUAUUUGCUUAUUUCCUCCUGAGAGGAUGCGUACAGGACCAGCUCCAUCACUUAUGGAGCUGAGGAGCUUUCAGAUGGCGAGGAUAGUUACAUACGAUGAUCCGCCAGUGUGGUCUGAGGUUUUGCCAGCACCACCCUCACCAGAUCCAGCUGCCGAAAAGGCAACACAUACUAAGAUUCCCCAGCGUUACUAGGUGCCACUUCAGAGGCAUCAGUUGCCGGCACGAGAGUACCUCGUUAGACAGCCGCAGCCAGAGCCGUUGACGUUAGAGGCAGUUUAUGACAGGAUGGAUAGGUUAUCUGAUUUAGUGGAGCAGGUGAGGCAGGAGACGCGAGAUGGUAUGAGAGUGAUUAUGGAUCAUUUCCACUUGCAGCCGCCGGCGUCUUGGCAGCCACAGAAGGAGGAUCCUGCAGACGGGCAGCAGGGUGGAGCAAGAGGAGCAUGAGGAUAUGCAGCAGUGCUUAUGAAGC